UUUCGUGGUUUCCGUCUUCCUCUUCGCCCUCCUUUUCUAUUUCUCUCUCACAAUCUCAAUCGCUUUCUCUCUCUAAACUCCCUAAAAAAACUAGAUCUCACUUUCUCUCUCUAGGUUUCAUCAAUGGCGGCCGCUCCUACUCCUCGGGAAGAGAACGUCUACAUGGCGAAGCUCGCCGAACAAGCCGAGCGCUACGAAGAAAUGGUGGAGUUCAUGGAAAAGGUUUCCGCCAGCGCCGAUGGCGAGGAACUCACGGUGGAGGAGAGGAAUCUUCUCUCCGUGGCGUACAAGAACGUGAUCGGAGCAAGACGUGCCUCGUGGCGGAUCAUUUCGUCGAUCGAGCAGAAGGAAGAGAGCCGCGGCAACGAGGACCACGUUGCUGUUAUCCGUGAUUACCGAUCUAAGAUCGAGUCUGAACUCUCGAACAUCUGUGACGGUAUCCUCAAGCUUCUCGAUUCUCGUCUCAUUCCUUCCGCUACCUCUGGCGAUUCGAAGGUUUUCUACCUUAAGAUGAAGGGAGAUUAUCACAGGUACCUCGCUGAGUUUAAGACCGGAGCCGAGCGUAAGGAGGCCGCAGAGAGCACUCUUGCCGCGUACAAAUCUGCUCAGGACAUUGCAAAUGCGGAACUGCCACCAACUCAUCCAAUUAGGCUCGGCCUUGCUCUGAACUUCUCAGUUUUUUACUAUGAAAUCCUUAACUCUCCUGAUCGUGCCUGCAAUCUUGCAAAACAGGCCUUUGAUGAAGCUAUUGCUGAAUUGGAUACCCUUGGAGAGGAAUCAUACAAGGAUAGCACUUUGAUCAUGCAACUUCUCCGUGAUAAUCUCACCCUAUGGACCUCUGACAUGCAGGAUGAUGGUGCCGAUGAAAUUAAAGAAGCAGCCCCGAAAGCAGAUGAACAACAGUAAACAAAUUCAACUGCCAAUUAGAAUCAUACUUCUCCUGUUUAAGUUAAUGAAUGAAGGAAGAAGGUGCUUGUUGCCAAUCUCUUUGGGUUCUGAGAUUUUAGGCAUUCAUGUCUGUUGAGUUCUGGAGUCCUGGGCUGUUUUAGUUUGUCCUUCCAUUUUUAAGUGUUUUACAAAUUAUUGCCUAUUUUAUUGAGGACACUGAAGUUUUAUUAUAUGGAAUUGGAAAUUUAAGAUUC